UCUUGUGCCGUCGGUUACUCGUUACGCUAUCCCGGGCCGGUCGUACUACGUGAUAGUACCAUUACGUAGAAUGGCACCUACACCUUACCUAGUGAACGGGGACUGUGGAGAAGAGCCCAUUUCGCGCACCUAUCAGUACCGAAAAGUCAUGAAGCCGAUGUUGGAGAGAAAAAGACGAGCACGUAUCAACAGGUGUCUGGAUGAGCUGAAAGAACUCAUGGUGACGGCGCUCCAGAGCGAAGGCGAGAAUGUUUCCAAGCUGGAAAAAGCAGAUAUUUUGGAGCUUACUGUUCGCCAUUUGCACAAUCUCAAGAGACAACAUCAACUAAUUCUUCCACAGGAGCAAAGUUACGCCGAUAGAUUUCGGGCUGGAUUUACUCAGUGUGCUCAGGAGGUGACUCAUUUUAUUUCGACGCCAGCUUCUUCGGAUCUGGUAGAUCCCACAGCAGGAAGAAAACUGCUACAGCAUCUCGGAGCUUGCGUCAGACAGUUGGACAACGUAGCUCAGAAUAUCCAAAUUCAGCAAGACCAACAGCAGAUAAGGCAAAGUCCCCAUUUCAGGAAUAGUCUGACACCGCCCGUUUCGCCGGGUUGUGAAGUGGGUAAACCUGAACCGAUGUGGCGACCCUGGUGAUUAGGUUUCCAGUGAAAAAUAAGUGAUUAUUUCCGAUUAACUUUAAAAAAGCUUUAAAUUAGCAUUAAGAAUUUGUUUCUGUUAAUAAAAUGUCUUCCAGAAUUUUAUUUUAUGUUUAAAUUGUAAUGUUUCAUUUAACUGAUAAAACAUGUUUCUAAUUUGAGUUUGAUAUAAUUAUUUUUAAAAUAUAGGCGAAGUAAAUUACUGAAAGCUUUAAAAUACUACUGAAUUUUUAUGUAUGUUUAUUACUUUGUUAAUUUUAAUUUCACCAAACUGUGAUAUGUAUGUAUGCAUGUAGAUGUUAAUAAAAAUAAGUAUACUUUAAGAGUUUAAGAAAAACAAUUUGUAAGUUAGGGUACCUGAUUAAAAUUUUAUUGCAAACACGGAAAAUGGAAAUGUUUUUUUUUACUUUUAGUUUAAAAAAUAUGUGUGUAAUAUUGAAAAUAUAGUAUAGAAAUGAGUAUGAUAAUAAUACAGAAGUUUCAAGAAAAAGUAUUAUUUUUUGUUAACAAAUUCUAUGUUGGAUCUUACCUUAAAUAAUGUGUUGCUCAUAUUUAUCGUAUGUAAAUAAAAAUAAAUUAAUUAAAAUUUAAAAAAUGCUUUUUAUUAUACGUAAAUAAUGUACUUAUUGCAAUCUGUUUUAAAGUAUACCACCCUAUUCAUAGAGACCGAAAUUCCAAAAUAUAUGGGAA